UCUUCACUUUAACCCUUCCAUUGAGCACCCCAUGGCCCCAAAACAUUACUAGUAUAUAUAUAUAUAUAUAUAUAUAUAUAUAUAAAAUCCACCUCUGACUUUUUCAUUCUUUAACCUAUUUAACCACAAUUCAUUUCAUUCCAUUUCCAUCCAACUCUCACAAGUCACAAGCCAUCACUAGAUUAAGAUAUGGUGAAAAUAAGUAGUAGCUCAUCCCAGAAGAAGUACAAAGGCCUACGUUGCCGGAAAUGGGUGUUGGAGAUACGAGUUCUGGGCACCAAAGACCGCCGCUGGCUCGGCUCCUACACGUGUGGGGCGGCCGCAGUGGCCCAUGACAUAGCCUCCUACUGCCUGAGAGGACCCUCUUCGGUGCAAAGUCUUAAUUUAUCAUCAAUGAUUUUAACCCUCGUGACUUCUCCUCCACCACCACCACCUUUUUCUUCUCCUCCUCCUCCUCUUCCUGCUCUAUCCCGGCUCAAAUGGCUCUUUGCAGAUAACCAAGUUCCCGAGAAUCCCACGAGUACUCGAGUUCUUGGGUCUGAAAAUCAUUACCUUCAAGGAGUACGGGAUAAUUCACCACCGGAGAAGGUUCUGGGAUUGAACGCGUUGACGAAGAGGCCGGCUAGCCUUGUUGUACCGGCUCCUUAUCAUCCCGGGGACGAUUUUGGUGAAGUAAAUAAAAAGUUGGACAAUAAGGAAUAUUUUGAGGUUGAAGGGAGAGACUACUGUUUGGCAAGCAAGAAAGGAAAGAGGGAGGUUAUGCAGGAUGGGUAUGGGGUUAUGCUUGAUGUUUUGGGAGAUCCUAAACAGGCAUUUUUUGGGGUGAUCGAUGGGCAUGGUGGCUGUGCUGCAGCUGAAUAUGUUGCUGAAAAUUUGGGGAAGAACAUUGUGAAAGCACUUGCGGAAGAAGAUGAGAUAGAAGCAGCAAUUCGCGGAGGCUUCUUAGUCACAGAUAAAGAAUUUCUUAGUCAGGGUGUAACUAGUGGAGCUUGUGUAGCUAGUGUACUAUUGAAGGAUGGAGAAUUACAUGUCGCGAAUGCAGGAGAUUGUAGAGUAGUUUUGAGCAAGAAAGGAAUGGCUAAUGCAUUGACAAGCGAUCACCGUCUUAGUAGGGAAGAUGAGCGCUUCCGAAUAGAAAACUCUGGUGGCUUUGUGCAUUGCAGAAAUGGAGUUUGGAGAGUUAACGGAUCACUCGCGGUUUCUAGAGCUGUUGGUGAUCUGCAUCUGAAAGAAUGGAUCAUUUCUGAACCAGAGAUUAAGAAGCUUCCUUUAACCUCACAUUGUGAGUUUCUGAUCAUAGCUUCUGAUGGAUUGUGGGAUAAGGUAAAUGACCAGGAGGCAGUUGAUGUAGUACUAAGGGAGACAGAUUCACUAAAAUCUUGUAGAAAGCUUGUAGAUUUAUCUUCUAGCAGAGGCAACAUUGACGACAUAACUGUCAUGGUGAUCAACCUUCAAAAGUUCAUCGUUAAUCAAAGCAGUAGCCAAUAAGGAAUAGGAUUCAAACACAAAGUUCCUCCAUUAUAUCUCUCUUUAAACAAGGUCUACUCAGUUCAUGGAAAAAAUUGUAAAUAGAACUUUUCAGAGUUGAUUGAUAUUUACAGGGGCAACUGGGACAAAGUUAAGCCGAAAAGAAUUUGCACUUAGGAAGGAGGUGAUAAAGUUGAUGAAGGAUGGUGUUGUUCAUCUUUCCAUGUGUUUCUCGAUCAUCAUACAAAUCCCAACAAAUAUUUAUAUAAUGAGAUGAAGAUGGAAACUGUUGGGAUUUAUAUGCCCUGACAUAGUAAAUUUUCAUUUGGAUUAAAGUGACAUAUGUUCCUGACGUAUCUGAAAUUAGGGAUGGUAAAAUCCCCAUACCCGGCGGGUCCCCGCCCUACCCUGCCCCUGUUAUGGCGGGUUUGGAGACUCAUUUAUGUAAAUGGGGCGGGGACGAGGAUUGUAUUUGAAACCCCGGCGGGGGACGGGGUGGGGCCGAGGAAGGGUAACCCCGCCCCUCCCCGCCCCACUUAUAGUGCAUUUUUACAAAACUGCUCUUAUAUGUUAUAAAAUGUUACUAAAUUACAUAACUAUAUAUAUAAUAUAUUUACUUCUGAAACCCUAGAUCUAUUCCCAUGUAGCAUAGUCGUUGUUGGAAGAAUGUUAUUUGUUUUGAUUGAUCAUGUUGAAAAUUUCUAGACUAUUCCAAAAAAUGUUAUAUGUGGUUUUGUUAUAAGUUUGAUCGGGUUGAAAUGAUAUGUUUUAAAUUGUUAUAAUUGUGCUGAAGCUUUAUUAAAUUAUUAGGUUGAAAAAUAUUAUAGUUGU